UUCUUCACUUUCCACAUAAAUCCACACAUCUGUUAUUUCAAAGUGUAACCAUCUCUUUGAGCGAAGAACAAAAUUAAGAUUUUUGUUAUAGAAGAGAUUGAAGCAUGCAGAAUCAGAAUAAUAGAAAAGAAGGCGGAGAGAUGGAUGGUGCAGAAGCUGAGGAGGAGAAAUUGCCUCCUGGGUUUAGAUUUCAUCCCACCGAUGAAGAGCUAAUCACUUAUUAUCUUACUCAUAAGAUCACCAAGGCCAAUUUCACAGCAAGAGCAAUUGCAGAAGUUGAUCUCAACAAGUGUGAGCCUUGGGAUCUCCCAGGAAAAGCAAAGAUGGGGGAGAAAGAAUGGUAUUUCUUCAGCUUAAGGGACAGAAAGUAUCCCACAGGAAUGAGGACAAACCGUGCAACAAAUUCGGGAUACUGGAAAACAACAGGGAAGGAUAAGGAGAUAUACGACAGUAGAAGCUCUGAGCUUGCAGGUAUGAAGAAGACACUUGUGUUUUAUAAGGGAAGGGCUCCAAGAGGAGAGAAGACCAAUUGGGUAAUGCAUGAGUACCGCCUGCAGCCAAAGUCCAGUUUCAAAGGAAACCUUAUGGUCGACGAAUGGGUCGUCUGUCGUGUCAUCUUGAAGAGCAACUCCAGCAGCAAAAAAUGCUCAUCCACAAGCCAAUCCCACAGGCUCAUCAGCCCAUGCAGCCUCAACAUUAUUGGACCUCCCAUACUUCCAACCUUCUUCGGCAGCCACAAUCUGGCAGAACUACUACGCUAUCCAACCGGAAGACCCCCUUCUUCCCUCAACUUUCAAACAAUCAACACCCAAUUUGAUCACAGCACCGCGAGCUUUCCGCAGCCACCGUCGUCGCUCGGCCGCCUGAACCUCAACCUUGGAGGACAGCAGCUCUUGAGGGCCAUGAACACACCAUUGAACACAACAGAAGGGGUGUUGUUGCCACAACCAUUUAUGGGUAACAUUGCAGAAUGUGAAUCUGGGUAUGGUAGUGGCAGCAACAUAGUUGGUGCAGCCAGUAGGAUUCAGAAUUUGGAGGAGUCGUGCAUGGAUCUGGAUGGUUAUUGGCCUACUUAUUGAAAUAGGGAGAUGAUAUUAAUCAGAAAGUGUUAUAAAUAUGUAUGCUUUCUGUGCUAAGUUUGUA